AAGAAAAAGAAAAGGAGUUUGCAGCUGAAACUAGAAAUGGACGGAUGUGAGUGGUCAAAACUCACAACGCCCUGAGCUGGCGACCAAUCAAUUCCUCUGUCCGACUGUCCCCGUUCAGCUCCGUUUCAACGCAAGCCCACCAGGGGAGGGAGCGAUCCGAAUCCAUCCAUCCGGCCCGGUCCCCUUCGAUUCGAUCAACCAAGAGGCAAACGAAUCCCCCGCUCGGGGUCGAGGCGGCGGCGGAGGGAGAGCCGUGAAUGGCGCUGCCGGUGGCGAAGCUGGGAACCUUGGCGCUGCGGACCCUGUCCAAGCCCAUCGCCAGCCGCCUCAAGAGCCAGGCCGCCGUCCAUUCCAAGUUCCGCAACUUCAUCAUCGCCAUCGCUCAGAUACACCAUCGUAUCACCACAAAGAUUCAAAGGCGCAUUUAUGGGCAUACAACAGAUAUGGAGAUCAGACCUUUAAAUGAGCAGAAAGCAGUACAAGCUGCUACAGAUCUCAUUGGAGAAGCCUUUAUCUUUUCGGUAGCCGUUGCUGCUUUAAUUUUUGAGGUUCAAAGAAGUGCAAGGUCAGAGGCUAGGAAGGAGGAAGCUCGUAAACAGGAACUUGAGUGGGGACGGACGACGGGCAUGACCGGCAGCAGCGGCGGCGCGUGCGCGGUGUGCAAGCACCAGCGGCGCAAGUGCGAGCCCAACUGCGAGCUGGCCGCCUACUUCCCGGCGCACAGGAUGAACGACUUCCGGGCGCUGCACCUCGUCUUCGGGGUGGCCAACCUCACUAAGCUCAUCAAGGCCAACGCCACCGAGGCCGCCCGCCGGCGCGCCGCCGAGACGCUCACCUGGGAGGCGCGCUGGCGGGAGCGCGACCCCUCGGAGGGGUGCUACCGCGAGGUGUCCUGCCUGCGCCGCGACAACGCCGUGCUGCGCGCCGAGAACGCCGCGCUGCGGAGGCAGCUGGCCGAGCAGCAGCAGCUGUUGCUCUGGUCCAGGGCCACCGCCGCUCCCACUGCCAACAGCAACAUGGCCGGAGGCUGCUACAACGGCAGCGCCGGCGGUAAUGGACUCGUGGUGGCCGUGCGACCGCCGACUCAUGCCCCCGCAGCUCCGGCAGCGCAGACCAUGUUGGGCGGCUACCGCGGCGUGCCGGUUUUUCCGGCGACGGCCAACGGCAGGAAGUCGGCACCGGAUGCGCCACCGUCGCCAUGAGAGGAUGCCAAGCCGAUCCUCCUAGGGACAUCAAGAGCAACGCCAGGUGAGGAUGCUCUUGUAUUCCUCCAUGCGUUCAAGUGCCGAGGCUUUGCAUGCUGGAUAUACACUGGCUUCUCCGCACUUUCUUUGCAACUGCAGGUGACGCUGCUGCUAGCCACUGGGCACAAAAGAGGGUACCAAGAAUUGAUUUUGAAUUCAAAAAAAUAAGACAUGGGCCUCAUUUUAAUUUUGCCUUAUGGUUACCCAUAUUCUGCUCGAGCAGGACACGGACAAUUCCAAGUAGAAGAACCCAGUUAUGUAUAUUGAUUGAUUUAAGCCGCCGGUUAUCAUGAUGUACGGCGAUUGUUAAUCCAGUUGUAUAAUCCCAGAAAUUACAGACAAGCU